AUGGACGAUCCCUUCGGCUCCUCAGUUCUGCCGCUGGCGCCCAACCUCUCCGUACCCAACUCUCUGGGCUGGGGUCUCAACCUGACUUCUGAACUGGGAGUUCCAGCCCCCGGGACGCCUCAUCUCAGGCUGCCCAGCCGCCGCGUCCGCCUGGUCUUCCUGGGGGUCAUCCUAGUGGUGGCUGUGGCCGGCAACACCAUGGUGUUGUGCCGCCUGUGCGGCAGCGGGCCCUGGCCAGGGCCCAAGCGUCGCAAAAUGGACUUCCUGUUGGUACAUCUGGCCCUGGCAGACCUGUACGCGUGCGGGGGUAACACGCUUUCGCAACUGGCUUGGGAGCUGCUUGGCGAGUCGCGCCCGGCCGCUGGCGACCUGGCGUGCCGCUUCGUGCAGCUGCUGCGGGCUUCGGGCCGCGGCGCCUCUGCCCACCUCGUGGCACUCAUCGCCCUAGAGCGCCAGCGCACCAUGCGCCGGCCGCUGGGCCCGCCGCUGCCCGCGCGCUCUCUCACCGCCCUGGGUUGGUUGCUGGCGCUGCUACUCGCGCUGCCCCCGGCCUUUGUGGUGCGGGGGAGCACUCAUGCAGGGCCACGGCCACAGCCACCGCCCACUACGCUCCCCGCCACCCGUGCCUGGCUUGGGGAGCGUCGUUGCCGCAGCAUCUUCGCGCCUCUGCCGCGCUGGCACCUUCAGGUCUACUCCUUCUACGAAGCCGUGGUGGGCUUCGUGGCGCCCGUCAUGGUCAUGGGCGUCGCCUGCAGCCGCCUGCUCUGCGCCUGGUGGCAGCGCCGGCCCCACGCCCCGGCGGCCGCAGUGCCCUGGCCGGCGAGUCCCUGCCGAGCCCCCGCUAUCAACCCUCUGCCUCGCGCCAAGCUGCAGAGCCUGAAGAUGAGCCUGGUGCUGGCGCUACUGUUCAUGGGCUGCAAGCUGCCCUAUUUUGCCGCCCGGCUAACAGACGCGUGGUCCUCGCGGCCCGCAGAAGAUGCAGAAGGCGAGGACUUGGAGGCGGCGUUGCAUGUCGUUGACCUGGCCAGCAAUGCUCUCGACCCCUUCGUCUACCUCUUUUUCCAGGCGGGCAAUGGCCGAGUCUGGCGGAAGCGCCUAGGCAGUAUCUGCUGCGCCCGGGAGAGAGUUUCUCAGGAAGAUGAGGAAACCCGUGGCCACCAGGCGCUCCACCGCCACCGCUGGCCUCACCCCCACUAUCAUCAUGCUCGGCGGGAGCAGCUGGAAGGGGGCUGCUUGCGCCCUCCUCCGCCGCGCCCCCGGCCGCUGCCUUGUUCCUGUGAAAGCGUCUUCUAG